CAAAAUCGGGGCCGUGCCGCGAACAACCUCCGCCUCCGGCACUUCUCCAACUCCGCUCCGCAUCUAGAACCGAGCAAGUUUCCCAACUUGCGAAAGUGGUUCUCUCUUUCUCUUUAGGGUUUUUGCUGCUGGAGUUUAGUCCUCACUUGGACGGGCAAUUAGAUCUUUCAGGGGCAACGCGAUCCUCACCAACCACACGUUCACUCAAACUCACCAUCGGCUACCAUGGACGACACACUGAACCGGCUGCUCGACAAGGCGUGGAAUAAGUUUCUGGAAACUCCCAGUGACACGCGCUUCCUGAUCGCCAUUGCCGGUAUCCCCGGUUCAGGGAAAACCACCCUCUCCAAGCGCCUCACAGCGGCACUGAACGCCCGACACGCAGCCCAAUCCCCAAACAACCCCCCCGUCGCCGCCUUCUUACCAAUGGACGGCUACCACUACACCCGUGCGCAGCUGGACGCCAUGCCAGACCCGGCAACCGCCCACGCCCGGCGAGGGGCCGAGUUCACCUUCGACGGCGAGGGCUUCGUGCAGCUAGUCCAGCGCCUCAAGGAACCACUGACCGCUGACUCAACCACCAUAUUCGCUCCCUCCUUUGACCACGCCACCAAGGACCCAAAGGAGAAUGACAUUGCAAUAGAGCCAACUCACCGGAUAGUCGUGUUCGAAGGAAACUACCUCCUCCUCCCCCACCCCCCCUGGUCCCGCGCCCACCCACAUUUCCACCUCAAAAUCUUCGUCUCCGUCCCCUCCGCCAUCGCACGCCAGCGCCUCGCCGCCCGGCACGUGGCAGCGGGGCUGGCGCCCACGCUAGCAGAGGGCGACCGGCGGGCGGUAGAGAACGAUCUCCCGAACGGGGCCGAGGUGACGCGGCUGCUGCGGCGGGCGGACGUGGACGAGGUGGUGGAGAGUAGCGAGGAUGGGGGGUGGGCUUCCUGAGUACCUAGGUAGGUUGGCUGUGUUUGGGCUGUGUUUGGGCUGUGUUUGGCUGUGGGGCCGGGCUAGGUAUAGGUACCUAUCUUAGACUAUGUACCUACCUACGUGGGUUAGGCUAGCGAGAUGGAGGGGAUGGCGGGGUGAGUAGCUGGCUUACUGGCUGUGCGUACAUACGGACGGAGACGGAAGUGGUCGUCGACAGUCAAUUUCGCUGCUUUAUUCGUUUAUGAGUAGUUCCGAGAUGGCGAUGGAAGCGUCCACAUGAUAAACGUUCGUCACGAUUAGCAACUCCGCGAGAGCAAGCAACUCCUCGAUAACACCAAUGAGGCCCAUUAUACCCGGAGGCCGGGCCGAGAGAGAGUGGUGGGGGUGGAAGAGGGCACCUGCGAGAAUACAGAAGUUUCCAUUACUGCUCCAUAGGCUGGAAACAUGAGUUUCUGAGACGUCAU